AUGAGAAAGGGUAUCGCUAGUUCAGCUUCUCCAUCUACCAGACAGGUUAAUACUACUCCUAUAGCCUUAGACCUUACCAAACCUGAUAAGUCCAAGAUAAAGACGUGGACAGAGUACGAUGAUGGAUUAAUUGUUAAGGAGUAUUCCUCAAAGGAAGGUCGUAACAUUUCUUCAGUUGUUACAGGAGAAGUGGAAGUAUGGAGUGCCUCUGGAGAUGGAGAAGAGUGUACAUUUGUGCAAUCUUAUGCAAAAGAAGACUCUAUUCUAGUUACUGUACUCGUGAGGAAUAACGGCCAUUGCACAGAGAAAUACUUUGAGAAGGUAAAUGGAACAUGGAGCUCUAUCUCUGAGGAGGAAUUUUUAAAGGAGUUUUACGAAAUGAGAAUGUCUGGACUAUUGUCUAAUACUGCUUCAUCUAAGACUUAUCAAUAG